AUGGCUGUUUCCACAUCUUCUUAUUACUCGCUUGUUAUCACUGAAACAAAAACGCUACUUUGCCCGGUGCCAGAAUGUACCAAACGUCUAACGCCUGGAACGCGUCUAUGUGAAGAUCAUAGUGCUGCGAUACUACAAGGAGGAAAAAAUAUUACAAAUAUUGGGGUAAUCAAACUCCCAACCUCCAAAACCAACGAAUUUGUGACGUUAUUCCCACUCUCGAAAUCUUCAGAGCGAUAUAAUUCUUUAGUAACUUCAAUAAUGAAUGACUGGAAAAAGCAGAAUGUGACAGAUUUACGAAUCGAAACAAUCGCAGAGAUUUAUCCAAGUCCAAGUCAAGUCAAAACUUUCAACGAAUACAAAGCAAUGAUAUUGAGCAUGAGAAACGAGGGUGAUGAUGACGUUGAUAAUAUUUACAAUCAUAAUAAAGUUAUGGCACUUUAUCAUGGAACACAUCAGCAUUGUGGUCCACUUCUCACAACAGAAAACGGACAAUUGCAAUCGAAUCCUCAAAUAUUAUGUGGAAGCUCUGAUUGUGGAGUUUGUGGAGUUAUUCUAAAUGGAUUUGAUCCUAAUAAAAUUGGGCAUAAUGAACGCGGCGAAACUUUCCAGAGAUUGGGGAAAGGCUUUUAUUUCGCUCCGCAUCCAUCGAAAGCGCAUUACUAUUCACGUGGCGCGCAAAAGUGCCAUUCUAACGAUCCUACGCGAAAAACGCAAGUCUUACUACGUUGCCUUGUUGCGAUUGGAAAACCGUAUCAUGAAAACAUUGUGCAGCAAAAAAAAACCGCCCCUCCUGAAGGAUAUGACUCAGUUUAUGGUGCCGUAGGAACUUGUAGAACACGUGGACACGGGUCUUUAAAUUGGCCUGAAUAUGCUGUGUAUGAUCCACGAGCUGCAAUUGCCGUUGAUUAUAUUGUGUAUAGUUAUACUUCAACUUCAGAAUUUUAA